CUUUCAAAGCUUUGGCGGAUUUUUCAGAAUAUAUAAGUUGCUUUUCAUGUUUGAAGCGAGCAGAUCGUGCACUACUAUCAGAGGACUCGCUGUGAGAUGGGAACGUUGGCCGGUAGCUUGGCGUUGCUUUUGCUGGCGAUGGCAAUCAGUGUUAACGCAAGCACGAUCGCUUUUCGCGAUUGGAGGAUGGACCCUGUGAACUCGAACGAUACGGCUAGUGCACCAAAAAAUCGAACAGCUCGUCAGUUAAACGCACUUUGCAACAGUUGUCAAACGGCUCCAAUCAUGUGCCCGCCGGGUAGCUUUCUGGAGAAUGGAAAUUGUGUCGUUCGACAGACGUACUGCCCCGCGGGAUAUACGCUAAUGGGAAACACUUGCGUCGGAGCUACUGUCUGCCCCUCAGGAUAUUUCCUCAGUAACAAUAUGUGCCACCGUAGUCCGGUUGAACAGUUGUGCGAGAAGAAAAUCACAGCCCCGACAUGUGAGUCGUCAUAUGUCUUUUCUAACGGACAGUGCGUGAGACAGGACAUUCAAAGCCCCAUCAGGAAAGAUAAGGUCACACUAAUCACCGAAUCGGCGAAAUGUCCGGAUGGAUAUCUUAUAGACGGUCAAAGCUGCAUCUUAUACGAGCGGGAGCCAGCCGUGUGCGAAAAGGGUGACCUGCGAUUGGGCGAAUGUGUCGUUGCCGCCGUUUGCCAAAACUCUUACGUCAUGAACUCCUUCGGCCGAUGUGAGCAAAUUUCUGAGCUGAACGCAGUUUGUCCUCCGGGAUCGUCGCUGCACGACGGGACUUGCUUUCAUACAGACCCAACGUGUCCACGAAACUACACACUUUCUAAUAAACAAUGCGUCCUGGAGCAAACGGCUAUCGUUCAAUGCAGCCAUGGAUCAAGACUGGUGGAUAACUAUUGUGUAGUGUCAGAGCCAAAAUGUCCAGCCGGGAUUGAAUCAGUCCAAGGAAAAUGUGUACAGACACAAUACGAUCAGCCCGGAUGUCCUGCUGGUAGCCAUAUUCGAGAUGAUUUUUGUGUUACUCAAGAAGUCAGAUGCCCUCCCGGGUAUGACUACAGAAACGAUCGCUGUUUUCGAGUAGAAAAGGAACCUGCUAGGUGUCCCUAUGGGUCUAAUCUACGACGUGACGUUUGCGUGGCAGAUGUUUCGGCAUGCAGUGUGGGUUACACAUAUGAUGAGCGGUUUGGUCAAUGUGUAAAAUAUGACCAGAGGUCGGCAAUAUGCCCGCACGAGUUUACACUGAAGGGGGAAGAGUGCGUUAGCACAGUUAGUUGUGAUGCAGGAUUCACGGUUCAGUCUGGUGAGUGCAUUCGAGAGGUGAGCGAUAUUGAACAUUGUCCUGAAGGGAGCCAUUUGCGAGAUGGUGUGUGUGUUGUGUCGAGGCCAUCAUGCGAUCAUGAUUUCCAAUUGGACAAAGGAGUUUGUGUCAGAAAUGAUCGUCAGUUACCCAUAUGCACUGAUGGUUCACAGUACUCUGAUGGAUAUUGCACUCUCCAGAAUGCUGGGUGCCAGCCUGGAUUCGUACUUCGAGAUGGGCAGUGUGUAGAGGAGAUAUUUGAUCAACCGAGAUGCCCCAUUGGAUACACUUUCGUACGAGGAUAUUGUCUGGCUAAACCCUACUGUGACGUUGGUUACGACUUCGAAGACGGAGUUUGCCGUAAACGUGAAGUAGGACCGGUAACCUGUCCAUCAGGGUCAUCGCUUCAAGGAGGCGUUUGUGUAAGCUACGAUUAUGAUUGUAUACCAGGCUUUGAAAGGCGUGAUAAAAUGUGCGUUCGCCGACAUACUUCAUCUGCUACAUGUCCUGCAAAUGCGGAGUUCAAAGAUGGGAGAUGCCUGAUUAAAACAACAGCUUCGUGUCCUUUUGGGGCUUCAUUUUCAGCUGGAAUGUGCACUAUUACUGAAACUACUUCACCUUUUUGCCCACCAGGACUAACGUAUCGUAAUGGAUUGUGUCACGGAACAGUAGCCCCACUUCCACAAUUGGCACCAUCGCCAUGUACUACAGGCUGCUUUGGUCAGCAGCAACCAUGUACUACAGGCUGCUUUGGUCAGCAGCAGCCAUGCGGUAACAACUACAUGUGCAGUUUAACGCAGUCAUGUGGAUCAUGUGGUCAAGCUCAGCAGCAAACUCAUUAUACGACAACUACUCAAGCUCCUGUAUGUCCGGCUGGCUAUCAGAUGACGAACAACUUGUGCAUGCGUCAACAAACCACUCCGAUGCAGUGCCUACCACCGUACACAAUGAUAGACAACGAGUGCGUCUCAUAUGCAUCAACUGUAUGCGCAAAUGGUUUCAUGAUGGAGGGUGGACGCUGUGUUCGUUAUGAACAAAUGCCUGCGAAUUGUCGUGCUGGAUUCCAUUUACGAGAUAAUAAUUGUAUCUUCCUUAAUCCUGAUUGCGGUGUUGGUUAUCAUAAUAUCAAUGGAACAUGCACUAAGAUCUACGAAAGCCAACCUCAAUGUCCAGGCCAACAUUAUAUACAUAACAAUUUCUGUGUUGCUAGAUCGGAAUGUGCUCCAGGAUCAGUAUUGCGUGACGAUAGGUGUUAUAGAACAAAAUACAGUCCUCCUCAGUGUCCAUUCGGUUUUAUGGCCCGUAGUGACUAUUGCGUGGCAGCCGCAAAAUGUGAACAGGGCUAUCGUCUAGAGUCGAAUACUUGCGUCAAAAGCGAGCAGCGUUCUGUCAGUUGUCCAUCAGGAUCACAACAGUAUGAAGAUUACUGUGUUGUUCCGGGACCUACAUGCAACAAUGGGUUCAGUCUUCAAGAUGGCAGAUGCGUGUCCAUUCAAAGGACACCAAUUGUCUGCCCUCAUGACAGCUUCCUGUAUCGUGAUGUAUGCACGAAGCCUGUUGUUUGUGAACAUGGCUAUCAGUUGAUAUCUGGUCAAUGUACGAAACAUGAUUUAAUGCCUAUUCGAUGCCCUUCCGGGUUCUUUGUUGAUCAAAACCGAUGUACCUCAAGAAACUUGAUCUGCCCUAGUGGAUUCCAUCGAGAAAAUGACCAAUGCAUUCGACAGCACUUCGAAUCGUUAUCAUGCCCCUAUGGCAGCACACUUCGUGAUAACUUAUGCGUAACUGGGAAACCAGCUUGCAAAUUGGGAUUCCAACUGGUUAACAACAAGUGUGUACAGUAUUCAUACAAAACACUGCAAUGUCCUCCUGAAACAAUUAUGAUAAAUAACCGAUGCGUUAAAAACUUCGAAUGUCCGAAUGAAUAUCGAUUUAUAACUGGUCGCUGUGUGAAAAUGGUUUACGAAUCCCCAAGAUGUGAAGCAGGCUCCCUUAUCAACAAUAAAUGUAUUGCUCCAGGACCUAAUUGCCCAUCUGAUUAUCGUUACAUCGACGGUAACUGCAUCAAAAAGGAGUUCAUUAGCCCAUCCUGCCCCUCUGGAGCUAAACAACAAAAUAACUAUUGUGUUGUAAGCAAUCCAACCUGCCGGAGCGGUUUUGAUUACUCCACGUCAAUUUGUGUCAGAGUAUCUACCAGACAAGCCACGUGCCCACCCAGCUAUACCAAUCGGGACGGCAUGUGUGUUUCCGAAGUACGUGGAUUCGAUUACGCUUGUAAGGAUGGGUACAUGCUCAACGGUCAGCAAUGUAUUCGAACAUCCCAUUUACCCGCCUCAUGUCCUACUGGGUAUCUGCUAGAAGGAACCGUUUGUCGAGAGAUUUCUUGUACACCUCCUGCCACACCAUACGCUAACGUAGCGGUACCAGCAUCUCCUCUAGCAGAUAGUCGGCUUGUAAUCAAAAGCAGCGGUCCUACCUCAAUACUGUAUCCGACACACUCAAAUUUAAUUAAUACUGUGGAAUCUCAAUCAUAUUACCAACCACCACUAAGCGCAAAUAUAAAUCAAAUAACCUUCCCCUCUUCACACGUGGUCAACCAAACCUCGUACACAGCGCAAUCUGCAAUUCCCAGCGAAUUUGCUGCAUUCUUCGAGAAAACUCCUAGUCGGUCGUUUUUGUUCAACUCAUAUCCAACAUACCACACUGCAUCACGCGGUAACUUAUACCCGCCCGUUUCACGUAGUAAACCAGAAGCUUCGGAAGUGGAACUAAUCGUUCCCGUACGUAAUGCAACACCCAUAGCACAACCGGAAAAAAUACUUAGUUGUACGGUGUAUUCCGCCAAAAUCUGUCAAUUGUCCGAAGACGACGAAUGGGAGUGCAAUCAUUUGGAAUUUUUGAAUAUCAAGAGCCGAUAUUGCGUCGAGCAGGAUGGUAAUAUCUAUCUAACCCUCGAGGAGUCCAGUUAUGAUGAAAACUCCCAGGUGCUGAUAAUGGCUGCUCGAGCAGAAUGGACCGAAAACAAUGAUGAUGAAGACGAUUACGAUUAUACUUUGGAUUGCUCGGGCUGCAUCGAAGGAGAAUACAACUGCUCGAAAAAAUGCUUCGAAUACGAAUGUGAGGAUUGUCAGUACAUCAGUGUGAAAGACUUCUGCAACGACAGCAUCAAGCCAACACAUGGCUGCACAUAUGAUGAAGGAUGCCGAGGAGACUUCUGCACAGAGUAAGUUGGGUGCCAUUAACCUUAUUUUGAUGGUUUAAGUGUGCCUAGUUGGACGAAUUUUCGGUAACAAAGUAAUUUAAUUGAACACGCAUCUCGAAGAUGUAAACUGUAAGGAUUAUUUGUGUUUCCU